AUGUCGAGGAGUCCGCGAUAUUCACCUCCAAAGGCCUACGCGAAAUUUAAGAAAAUGAACGCAGACGAAAUCAAUAAUUUCAUUGACAACUGGCCUGCCCAUGCGCUAGGAAGAACCUUUGCGUCAUCGCAGAUUGCAGUUGCUGAUGGACGUUUACGUGUUUUAACUGAGGCCGAAACUAAAUUAAAUGUACUAAGGCAGCAAGUCAAGGGUCUUGAAACCAAACUUUCUGUUAUGAAAGAGGAAAAAACAGAACUGAAGUUUCUGAUGGAAAAGCUAAAAAAUGAAAUGGCUAAACUGGAAGAACUCCGUAGAACGGAGGCGGACGGGAGAAAAUUGGGCAUAAUUUCUCAGAACCAGCUACAAAUGCAACUUUCUGAUAUGCGGCAGUCCUUUAAAGAUAGCAUGCGCCCUUCCGAGUCUAACGAUGACCCCGUGAAACUGAAAAUCGCUUUGCAGUACGUUAAGCUGACAACAUAA